GAACACGUGGAGCGGUUUGCGAGGCGCUGGUGGCGCUACCGAAUCGAGUCGAGGCUGCUGCGGUGCCUCGCUGACGAGGCGGCGAACACAGGCGACAACCACGACAGCCGCGGUUCCGGCAGUCACGGGGAGGACGCUUUUAGGGAGAAUAUCUUUUAUCUGAAGAAGGGUCUUGCAGAAGCCGACACGAGAACAGCAAUGGCGGUGAAGCCGCGCGCCACACUGAUCCCCCAGACGCGUCAGUUGGCCGCUCAGUGCAUCGCUGCGACAACUGCGCCAAGUGCGGCAUCGGGGGAGGCGCGGCAUAUUCCGGCCGUUUCCAUUCCACCAACGCUGCCGCUGGCGGUACGACAACUUGACACGCGCGAGCCGCAGCUGUGCCCUCGCGCCUCCCCCGAGCAACCGCGGGGCGAGGGAGACGAAGGUGGUACAACAACAACAACAACAACAGCAGCAGCAGCAGCAGAGGAGGUGUCGUCACUGAUGCCUCCUCUCAACACCAUGGCGGGCGUUUCCUUCACCCUGCGUGUGUGCAAGUCGGCGUUUGUGGAGCUGGCCGCAGCGCACCUGUCGUCGUGCCGUGCGGAAUUUCGGCUGCCUGUGCGAUGCCUGUGGCACCCGUCGGAGCGGCGAGUUGAUAUCUCCAUUGAAAAGCCGCUACCGGGUCAUCGCGAGUCGCGGCGCAACAUCAACGCGGCGGCGCUCAAGCGUCUGGUGGACGGCGAGCCGCGUCUGCCGUCGAACAGCCGCUGCAGUGUACGGGGCCGGCAGAAGGGCAAGUGCUGCGCGGAAGUCUCGUUCGGCGCCGAGUUUGCCUUUCACCUUCUCUCCAACUGCGUCUUCGACUUGACCCAUCAGUGCCCCGUCUUCCGCAUGAUAAAGAUGGAGUACAACUGCAAAGGCUACAGCACCGUCCCUGACGACGAGAAGACGUUUCACUAUGAAGGCUUUAGCAAGCGGGAGGUGGUGCGCAUGUGGGUACUCCUGCACUGCAACCCCACCGCCGUUCUCUACGUCUACCGCAUCAACGCCUACUCCAGUGCGGUGAUGGGCAUUGAACAGUUUUCCUCCGUGUCCUUCAUGAGUCAGGUGAUGGGGUCGUGGGCGGGUGACGUGGAUGUGCAGCGCAGUUGGGGCUGCCUUUGCGAGGGGCUGCGGAGUACAGUUUCCGCCGUUGUCCGGCGAAUGCCGCCCGCGGACGGCGCGAGCGGCGCCACCUUCAUUCUUGCCAAGGAAAAGGAGGACGGGAAUGUGUCGCUCUGCUCCGUGAAGGCCUGUUAUCCGCAGCAGGUGGUCCUUGAGGAGGCUGUGGCGGCCUUUAUUGAGCCCAGCAGCCGCACGGUGUGUCGACGCGAAUACCUGCCGCCCUGCGUCUGGCCCUUUCCCGACCGCAUUCCCUACACCUACGCCCCGGCGCCGAAGUCGUGCUACGUCGUCAACCGGACGACGGAGGCGCGGCACGACUCCGCGUACUACGCCAAGCACGACGUCUGGGAGCACGAGUCACGGUACUACGCGGUGGACGAGCACGGGGCUGUCCGGGAGCUGCAGCCGGCGAGUUCGUAG